CGAGAAGCGAUCUUGCAGCUCAAGCGAAGAGGACGAGGACGCGGCACAGGAAUCCAUGCCCUCAACGGCUAGCAGCGCGCAGACAGACUGCUCUUGCAAGUGUGGGAACCACAAAUCUGCCACCCCCGUACCAGCAAGCCCCUACCCAACUCACCCCAUGUCAGCACCGCCGACUGGUGCUACCUCUUUCCCGAGCUUGCACAUCCCACCUUCGCCUGCCAUGUCAACAUUGGAGUCGCCCAUGAGCGCGACAGCCCGGUCGCCAUUCAGCGCAAGAUCAGUCCGCUCACCUUUCGACUGGGAAGCGGCCCUAAAAGCCCGGUAUUCGCAGGACUGCAGGGCCACCAAGUCAACGAAUAGAAGUGUGCAGCAUAUCAGAGAGGUGGUGACGAGGACAGUCACCUACACGCCAAGGAUGAACCCAGCACCCAAGGGGAAGAGGAGGCGAACGGAAUGCUCAAAAUCACAGGUUAUGAAGGCAGCGGCGGCAGCAGCAGGGGAAUCAAUACCGCCACCAACGACCAGAUCAAAAUCAGCAUGAUCUUAAAACACAACUUUCUUGACAACCUCACGUCUCCGAAAUCAACCAAAGUCUCCACCUAACCAUCAACAAUCCUUCAGCGAUUUAUUUUGUUCAUAUUAAUCCUUCGAGCGCCACCUGUUCCCACUAUUAUUACUAUUACCACAAACUAUCUAUCGACGCCUUCAACCCAACGAUAAUCAUCAUCGUUUGGCAAGGCGUAAACACCUAUCCCGACUAAAAGAGCUACGGAACGACUUUACGAGGACUUUUAUCUUAUGGAGUUUCAACGGCGUUGCUGGCGGCGUCCUCAUCUGACACGGCUUGCACGAUACCAAGGGAAGGAGUUCGAAUGGUUCAUGUGACUGGGUAUGCGUCACUAUUUGGGAGGACUUUUAACUAUCAACUAAGACGGAUCCAACUGUUGUAUCUAGGUACUUAUUGAGGCAUCAAGCCAAGGCAUUCAAUACGAG